AUGUCAUCGCUAGUAGAUACUGUCGCCGAAAUAGAGAAUGGUAUUCAGGAAGGUCCUGUUGGAAAAAGAAUUGGUAACGAACUCGAAAAUGACAACUUUUCAACAACUCCAGAAUCAGAUUCUGAAAUAAAAACAGAUUAUUCCGCCAAAGAUGCAAAAGAUAAGGAUAAUUUCAGCGAAAAUGAUGCCGAUGAAGAUACUGUAUCUCAUAUCGCUCUUCCAAAGAAACCAGCAUCCGCUUAUAUUGCUGUAAGUAUUAUUUGUGUAAUGAUUGCAUUUGGUGGUUAUAUUCCCGGUUAUGAUACUGGUACUAUUGGUGGGUUUGAAUCGCAUCCCGAUUUUAAGAGGAGAUUUGGUUCAAGAAAUAAAAGUGGUGUAUAUUAUUUGUCCAAGGUUAGAGCUGGGUUAUUAACUGCAACACAGAAUCUUGGUCAAGCAUGUGGUGUUUUUUUCUUGGGUCGUGUCGGUGAUUUGUAUGGUCGUCGUAUUGGUAUUGCUUUUGCAGCUUCCAUUUUUAUCGCCGGUGUUAUUAUUGAAAUUGCUUCUAUUCAUGCCUGGUAUCAGUAUAUGAUUGGUAGAAUUGUCUCAGGUCUAGGUUGUGGUUUAUUCGCAGUUUUGUGCCCUAUGUUAAUUUCUGAGGUGGCUCCAAAACAUUUAAGAGGUGCUUUAGUUGCAACAUAUCAAUUAAUGGUCACAAUGGGUAUUUUCCUAGGUUAUUGUUCUAAUUAUGGUACACAGUACUAUGACGAUUCGAGACAAUGGAGAAUUCCAUUAGGUUUACAAUUUGCUUGGGCUUUGUUCUUAAUCACUGCUAUGGUCUUCGUUCCAGAAUCUCCAAGAUAUUUGAUUGAAAAUGGUAGAUUUGAGGAUGCAAAGCGUUCGAUUGGUAGAUCUAAUAGAGUAAACCCUGAUGAUCCAGCUGUUAUUUAUGAAGCUGAAUAUAUCCAAGUUGCUAUUGAAAAAGAAAGAGAAGAAGGUAAGGCAAAAUGGAAAGAUCUUUUAGAUGUGGAACAUAAAAUUCUACAAAGAGUGAUUAAUGGUAUUGCUGUAAUGGGUUUACAACAAUUGACCGGUGCUAAUUAUUUCUUCUACUAUGGUACACUUCUAUUCCACACUGUAGGUAUGAAGAACGGUUAUGAAGGUGCAAUUAUUAUUGGUACUGUCAAUUUCUUUUCCACUUUUAUUGGAUUGUAUAUUAUUGAAAGAUUUGGUAGAAGAACAUGUUUAUUAUGGGGUUGUGCCGGUAUGAUCUGUUGUAUGGUUGUCUUUGCUUCAGUUGGUGUUACUAGAUUAUGGCCAGAAGGUAAAAAUGCCGGUAUUUCAUCCAAGGGUGCUGGUAAUUGUAUGAUUGUGUUCACAAGUUUUUUCCUAUUUUGUUUUGCUGCUACUUGGGGGCCAGUUCCUCAUGUCAUCAUCGCAGAGUCUUUUCCUUUAAGAGUGAAAGCAAAAUGUAUGGCUUUAGCAACUGUAUCUAAUCAAUUGUGGAACUUCUGUAUUGGUUUUUUCACUCCAUUCAUUACCGGCUCCAUUAACUUCUACUACGGUUAUGUCUUUUUAGGUUGUUUAUGUUUGGCAUGGCUUUAUGUCUUCUUCUUAGUUCCAGAAACUAAGGGGUUAAUCUUAGAAGAUGUCAAUGUUAUGUGGGAAGAAGGUGUCUUAGCAUGGAAGUCUGCCAAUUGGGUCCCACCUUCUCAAAGAGAAGCAGAUUAUGAUAUUAACGCUAUGGCAACAGAUGAUAAGCCAAUAUGGAAAAGAAUGUUUGGUAAGUAA